AUGAGGGAGCGAGCUCUGUCGGAUGUGUGGAGGCUGGUGUGGUUGCUUUGCCUCGUUCUGGCGACGAGCUUAGCGCAAACGUCACUGGUCUGUCCGUCUCAUAGCGAGAUCGCGCCCUGUUACUGCACCGUGAAGAAAUCUGGCUUAGACAUUGUGUGCGAGAUCACCGACCUGACACACAUCUCCAAGGCCAUGGCCGUGCUUAAGGGAAGGCCGAAUCUCGUGAUAUUCUACCUUCGGCUUAGGCACAAUAACCUGCCCAAGUUGCAGGGAUAUGUAUUCCUCGGGCUUGAUAUACGCCAUCUCACCAUUCACAAUAGUAGCUUGGCAGUACUUGAAGAAUCUUCCCUUAGUUCUAUCGGAACCGGGUUGACACAGCUGGAUCUCUCCCAAAAUUCGAUGAGUAGCGUUCCAUCUCACGCGUUAAAAGACCUUCACCAUCUCUUGAUUUUGAAUUUAAAUCGUAACAAAAUCACAGCCAUUCAUGGUAGGGCCUUCGAAGGUCUUGAUACACUCGAAAUUCUCACUCUUUAUGAGAACAAGCUCACUAAUAUAGAAGCAGAUGCAUUCAAAGGGCUCGACAACCGAAGACUCAAAAGACUUAACUUAGGCGGAAAUGAGCUAACGAGAAUCCCAACUCAAGCUUUAUCUUCGUUAGAAUUGUUGAAAAAAUUAGAAAUGCAAGAGAAUCGAAUAUCCAGUAUAAAAGAGGGAGACUUCGAAGGAUUGAAAGCGCUCGAUUCAUUAGGAUUGGCGCACAAUCACCUUCGUGAGGUCCCAGCGCGUGUAUUCUCCCAUUUGACGCAAUUAAACUCUUUGGAACUUGACGGAAAUCAGAUUACUCACGUGGAUCCCAAUGCGUUCAUCGGUCUUGAGGAAAAUCUACAAUAUUUACGACUGGGAGAUAACAAUUUGCAUUUGGUACCGAGUGACGCUCUGCGACGUUUGCAUCGCUUACGUCACCUUGAUUUGCGAUCAAAUAACAUCACUGUACUUCCGGAGGACGCUUUCACGGGCUAUGGAGAUUCCAUCACUUUCCUUAAUCUGCAGAAAAAUAUGAUUAAAAUACUUCCGCCUCUGGUAUUUGAAAAUCUCAAUUCGCUAGAAACUUUAAAUUUGCAAAAUAACAGGCUCACACAUGUCCCAGAAGAAGUUACGGAGAACAUCGUUGAUACUUUACGUCACAUUGAUAUAACUGAUAAUCCUUUGAUUUGCGACUGCGAGCUACGAUGGUACUCCGUGUGGCUCGCAAAUCUGCGCAACAAGGAUGACGAGAUGAUGUCAAAGAAACGAACAAUCUGUACGAUGAUUUCGGAACAUCGUGAAUACUCUGUGCAGAGCAUUCCACUUACAAGAAUGGGCUGCGCGGGCAAGAACGCCGGCAAAUUCUCGUCAUCAGCUGCUGGGCACGGAUUGUAUGUGGACAAGACACUACCAUUGAUUAUUCUUACUGUUGUUCUACUUUAAUCUCUCAAAAAUGCGGCGGCGCGAUGACAGA